AUGUAUUAUGUAGGAAGGGGGAGGGGUCUGUUGCGUAGGAUGGCUCGGGUGAAUAGAUCUGCUGCCUUGCUUGAUAUCGUUCUCGAUUACGCUGUAAACAUGUACGGCACGUCCGGUGUCUAUGUCCAUUCGGGUCCAUAUCAUAACAGCUGUUGUCCUGCCAGUGACGACAAUGGGUGCAUUUUGAACGGUUGGCAUUGGGUCUCACACGCACUUGGGGAGGAGGGACAGGCUGGGGAGGUGCUGGAGGAGGGGUCACAAAGCGUUGGGGAGGUCUGCGGGAACGUGGUGGUCGUUGUGGAGGUAGUGAACUGGGACGCAGAGGUGUGGGUGAAGGGGGUGUGGGUGGGCGAGUCCGCGGACGAGCAGCAGCUCGGGAAGAUUGAGGGGGGGUUUGUUGCGGCAGAAACAGCAUGUCUUCAGGACUUGACCAGCGGUUGGGCCUGUGGUACUCUUGAGAAAGUGUUGGAUGGACAGGUCGUCAGGUGA